AUGAGCAUCCUUAAUCAAACAAAGUAAAACAUAAACUCCAAACUGUUCAACAAAUACUGUCAAUCUUAGAACUACUACUUCACCAGAGACAUUAAUGAAAUUCUCAACGAAGCCAUUACGAAGUCAACUGUCAGAUUCAAAGAUUGGAAUUAUUAUGAUGAACAAGAUGAAUAUCUAAAACGUAUCUAUCACCUAUCUGAAUAUCCUGUUAAGAUACAACUGCUUGCCGAAUAUUAUAAAUUUCAUCAUGAUAUCGCAAGAAUGUUUCAAGAACCAGUCGCGACUAUCUUAAAUAAAUACUACGACAAGAAGCGCAAGAUUGAAUACUAUAGAAUUGCCAAAAUUAUCGAUCAAGAAAACAGAAACAAUCCUCACAGACCACCAAAAGGAAUCAUAGGAGAAAGACCCUCUCCUCUGAAUUCACAACUAAGUCAACCAAAUAAGGAAUAAGAUGUGCCUGAAUCCAAUAUCAAAAAUAUUCAAAUACUCAAAGAACUAAGCUGUCUCGAUUAAUUACAAUAACAAAUUGAUAAACCCACUCGAAUUAAAUUUGAUGUCUCCUAAACCUUAAAUGAAAUAUGUAAACAAAUAGCCAAUUGUCCUGACCAAUCAUCUCUCUUCAUUCCCACAAACAACAACAAGAAUGAAGAAAUCAAAUUAAAUCAUUUCUUAGACUUUAUCAAUUAAUAAUAAUCAAAAUAAUAAUUACCCCUUUAGAAACAAUAAACCAAACUGAGCUAACCCCAGGAAAAGCUCAUUCAUUCUAUCAUCAAACAGAGACUAACCAAUAAACAAAAAUCAACUGACAUUUAAUCAUUUUUGAAAACUCAAAACUUUGACUAUCCUUCCACCCAAUCUACAAUCGAUCAAAGAUAGUCUAAAACUAACCUACACACUGAAGAAAACAUUAUUAAAAUUGAUUCCAAAUUAAGUGAGUCAUUAAAAAAUAGAUCGAAAUUAAGAGUCAACAAAGAACCCUAUAAAUCAAGUUCACCUACAAAUCAAUUAAAUUUCAAUUAAAAUAAUACUUAAUAAAUACUUAAAACACAGCAAUCAUAAUUCAAACUUAACGGCAAUAAUUUCAUAUCCAAAUUACUUAUUGAAGAUCAAAUUAUUGAAUCAGACUACAAAUGGAAAACUGGAGCUUUAACACAUCGUCCAACAACUGGAAGCUCUAAUCACUUCAAUUAUAGUCCACAAAUUCAGAAAAUGAAACUAGAUAAUUGCAAACUUCUUAAAACCAAAACCCAGCAUCAACCACCCUAAUUUCAUAAUCUAAAAAGUCAACCAACCAACAGAAACAAAGAGAUUUCCAGAAAGACAGCAUCCCAAAAUAUCCACAUUCGCCAAGGAUCCAAUCAAGAAAGAAUUAUCACUCUACAAAAUGAUCACCACAGAACUUAAUUGACUAAUCAUGUUUUCAAAGAAAUAUAGCCAUUCUAAUCCUCCACUCACAGAAAACAGGUCUCAGAUAACCGAGCCCUAUUUUAAAAGGAUUAUCAGCAAGAUUAUAAUUGCCUAACUGAAAGAAGACCCAAUGUUGAAUAGCUUUUCAAAAAUAGCAACCUAGAUUACAAUAGUUUGAUGAAAACUAAUUAUAACAAUAUCUAGUCAGGCUCCUUUUAGAAUAAUAUUCUUAAUAAUUAAUAAUAGCAAAACAUUUAAUAAUUGAUCAGAAAAGUAGCUAAAUAAAAUCAAUAACUAUAUUUAAAUAACUAUAAGAAUUAACAAAAUCAUUCUUGA